AGAGGUCUCUUAUCCUGAGACUGCAAUGAAUGGAUAUACACUGAACAAAGGGGUCCAGUCAGCAUUUCAUACCUGGACAAGCAUCCAGGGACCUUUCGUUCUUUGGCUGAAAAGGAGACAGUGCCAUUUCCAUUAGAGAAAUGCUUGCAAGAACCUGCGCCAAGGAGCUGAAAGCUGAGAAAGCCAGCGAGGGGAGCUGGGUCAGCUGAUCAGCUUUCAAAUCGCCUUCAAACACUCGAUUUUCUUAACAUGAUCCCUCCAUCAAUGGAGUCUCCAGGGCACCCCUUAGAAACUUUAGCAGGAGACAAAUAAGUGGAGCCAAGCAGAAGCAACCGUGAUACAUUUUGAGAAAUACCUCUUUUUCUGAGCACAAAAACAGGAACUGAAAAAUAUACUUUCGACUCCUUCUCCAACCACCUGGGACUUGAGAGAGUUCUGAGAUAUUUUUGUACGAGUUCGAGACCGCCCGCCUCAUUUUACCUUCGCAGCUACAGCCUCCUACCCAAAGUAAAUCCGGGAAGGAUACGCCAUCCGUUGCAACAGCACCACGGGGGGAUUGACAGAAAGCCACUGUCCUUCCUUCUCCGCUUGCCGUAUAGCCGUCAUUCCCAGCCUGGUCUCGGACACUGCAGCUACAGUCGCAAUAUUACAAUCACUGCCUUUGCUUUGCAACUUCCCACCCAACAUCCAAGCGAGGAAUGAAGGCGAUAUGGCCAAACUAUUGGUAAAGUUCCAGCGUUAUUUUCGUCGGAAACCCGUUCGCUUCUUCACCUUGAUUGCUCUCUACCUGACGGCAGGGAGCCUGGUGUUCCUGCACUCUGGGUUUACGGGGGAGCCGACCGUCUCCGAGAAUGAGCCCAACCCUAUAGAAGGCACCAGCGAAAGGACCGAACUUCAGGACCUCGGGGUGCUUCAGCUCAGCCGGGGGUUCAAGGAGGCGCCUGAGUCUCUGAACCCGGCCAGGAGAUUCGGGCCCUGGUUCAAGAGCACGUCCAAAGAUACCUCGGAGAGGAGCAAGGUGGGGGAUUAUGGUGGGACCUGGAGCAGGGCUCUCAAAGGCAGAAACGUGCGAGAGAAAGAAGAGGACAGAGCAAAAUACAUUGGCUGCUACGUGGACAACACUCACCAGCGUGCCCUGCGUGGCGUGUCCUUCUUCGACUACAAGAAGAUGACAGUGUUUCGUUGCCAGGACAACUGCGCUGAACGGGGCUACCUGUACGCAGGGCUGGAGUUCGGGGCCGAAUGCUACUGCGGUCACAAAAUCCAGGCUUUGAACGUGAGUGAGGCGGAGUGCGGCAUGGAGUGCAAGGGGGAGAAGAGCAACGUCUGCGGAGGCGUGAACCGGCUCUCCAUCUACCGGCUGGAGCUGGCCCAGGAGUCCGCCCGGAGAUACGGCAGCGCGAUCUUCCGCGGAUGCUUCCACAGGCCGGACAACACCUCCAUAGCUUUGCCUGUGAGCCAGGUGAUGCUCAACAUGUCGGUCGACAAGUGCGUGGACUUCUGCACUGAAAAGGAAUACCCACUGUCGGCCCUCGCGGGGACCUCCUGCCACUGCGGCUUCCCCACCACGCUUUUCACCCUGCACGAUCGUGAGGAUGAGCAGCUGUGCGCACAAAAAUGCACCGGCGAGGAUUUUGAGAGCUGCGGGACCGCUGAGUACUUCAUCGUCUACCAGACACAAGUGCAAGACAACCGCUGUAUGGAUAGAAGGUUUUUACCCACUCGAUCCAAACAAUUCAUAGCCUUGGCAAGCUUCCCUGGAGCAGGCAAUACUUGGGCACGCCAUCUCAUCGAGCUGGCGACCGGCUUCUACACUGGGAGCUAUUACUUCGAUGGAUCUCUCUACAACAAAGGGUUCAAAGGCGAGAGAGAUCACUGGCGGAGCGGAAGGACCAUCUGCAUCAAAACCCACGAGAGCGGCCAGAAGGAAAUCGAGUCCUUUGACUCGGCCAUCCUGCUCAUCCGCAACCCUUACAAGGCCCUGAUGGCGGAGUUCAAUCGCAAGUACGGCGGGCACAUUGGCUUUGCUUCCCACGCCCACUGGAAAGGCAAAGAAUGGCCCGAGUUUGUCAAGAACUACGCUCCCUGGUGGGCCACGCACACCCUGGACUGGCUGAAGUACGGCAAAAACGUCCUGGUGGUACACUUUGAGGACCUGAAGCGGGAUCUCUUUGUCCAGCUGAAGAGGAUGGUCAGCCUCUUGGGCAUCAUGGUCUUUGAGGACCGGCUCUUGUGCGUCGAGAGUCAGAAGGACGGGAACUUUAAGCGCUCUGGGCUGAGGAAGUUGGAGUACGACCCCUACACCCCCGAGAUGAGGAAAAUGAUCAGCAAGUACAUUAAAACUGUGGACACGGCUCUGAAAGUCAGAAACCUCUCAGGAGUCCCAGAUGAUUAUUAUCCAAGAUGAUGACAAUUACAGCUGGGGGGGAAAGGACUCGUCCCCGAACCAGAAAGGCAUGGUUUUCCCAGCCAGUACCUACUUCCACCCAGUGGGUGGCUUUCUUUUGAUUAUUCAUCUGCUGCUACUAGCUGUUAAUCAACUCCAUGCAUGAGACCGGAGCGGUCGUGAGUCAUUGCUGAGAAGACGCCUUGGCAAACACGUCCACGUGACUAAGCUCUUUGGGACCCGCGGCAUUGCGAGCCCGCGCUUGCGACAUGAAAACCUUCACCAUUGGCGUC